AUGACUAAAAAUCUUGCUGGUGACUACGGGGGGGGGCAGAAGUCAUAUCAACAAGAGGAUGUUGAAUUGAGACAAGUCGGUCAAAACCUGGACGUCUCUUCGUUUUUCGACGAGGUAUCCAAAAUUCAAGAUAUGAUCCGUCAGAUUCAAGAAAAUAUCAGUCGCAUAGACGAAUUGCAUGCCCGUUCCUUGGCCACAAUUAAAGAAGAGGAGGAGUCCAAACAAAAACUGGAAGGAUACACGUCCAACACAAAACAAUUGCUCGUUCAGGUGAAGGAUAGAAUCAGAAAAUUAGAGUCCUUGAAUUUGAGUCUGCCGUCUAACGCCGGAGAUCUGGAGGUCCGAAAGGCUCAGACAGCCAAUCUUCGGAAAAAGUUUUUGGAAACCUUGCAAAAUUAUCAGAACAUAGAAUAUCAGAACCGGCAAAAGUUCAGGGCAAGGAUGGAAAGGCAAUAUAAGAUUGUCAAUCCGACUGCUUCACAGGAAGAGAUUGAUGCUGCGUUAGAUAAUGACGAGGGUGAACAAGUUUUUGCUCAAUCGUUGAUGACGUCAACAAGAUAUGGCGCAGCAAAAGACGCUUUGCGAGAAGUGCAGGAGCGCCACGACGACAUUAAGAAAAUAGAAAGAACGAUCGAGGAACUUGCAAAUCUUUUUCAAGAGAUGCAACUGAUGGUGGAAGCACAGGAUGUGCCGAUUGCUACCAUCGAGGAGCAUGCGGAUCAGGUCAAUCAUGAUAUGGAGCAAGCUAAUGUACACAUGGAAAAGGCUUAUGAAAGCGCCAAGGGUGCCAGAAGAAAAAAGUGGUAUUGCUUUUUCAUUCUUAUCAUCAUCUUGAUUGUUGCCGCUGUGGGAUUAUACAUAUACUUGAAGCCAAAAUCUUCGGAUACCUCAUCUUCCACAACACAAACUAUUACUGCGUCCUCAUCAUCGGCACAGGCGACGGAGACA